AUGAUGAACAUAAUGGUGGAUUCCUUGAUGGCAGUGGUGAAUUCAUGGAGGAGAGAAAGUGAGGGUGGAGUUGCAGAUGUAAACAUUGAUGAAUAUAUUAGAAGCUUUUCCGGGGAUGUAAUUUCAAGAGCCUGUUUCGGGACCAACUAUGCCAAAGGGGAGGAGAUAUUUUUAAAGCUUCGAGCACUUCAAGAGCAUAUGUCUAAAAAAGAUUUUAUCCAAUGGCAUUCCUGGAAUGAGGGGUUGUUUGUGUUGCAAUCAAUCAGAUAUCUUCCAACAAAGAGUAAUAGAGAAACAUGGAAGCUGGAAAAAGAUGUCCGCGCUUUGAUUCUCAAGGUAGCCAAGGAAAGAAAGGAAGCAACAUCAGGGAAUUAUGAUUUGUUACACAUGAUUCUUGAAGCUGCCACCAACAGUGGAUUUUCCCAACAUGAGACAGACCGAUUCAUUGUAGACAAUUGCAAGAACAUAUACUUAGCUGGGUACGAGACUACUGCUGUCUCUGCCACGUGGACAUUGAUGUUGCUGGCCUCAAAACCAGAGUGGCAAGCCAGAGUUCGUGCUGAGGUGGUAGAAGUUUGUGGGGGUCAAAUGUCUGAUGCUGACACGGUUCGUAAGAUGAAAAUAUUGACAAUGGUAAUUCACGAAUCAUUGCGACUUUAUCCUCCGGUGCCAGUGGUGUCCAGGGAGGCAUUAGAAGACUUGAAAUUCGGAGAUAUUCAAGCUCCUAAAGGUGUCGAUGUCUGGACCUUGAUGGUUACCUUGCACCAAGACCUUGAUAUUUGGGGACCCGAUGCCAGUGAGUUUAACCCUGAGAGCAAUGGAGCCAGUGGUGCAUGCAAGCUCCCUUAUGUCUACAUGCCUUUUGGAGUUGGUCCGCGUACGUGUUUGGGGCAGAACUUUGCCAUGGCAGAGCUCAAAAUUCUUUUAGCUCUAAUUAUCUCCAACUUCUCAUUCUCCAUGUCACCAAAAUAUAGGCAUUCCCCAGCAAUGAGGUUGGUUAUAGAACCUGAAAAUGGUGUCGAUCUCCUUAUUAAGAGGCUGUGA